ACGAUUGCCUAAAAAGUCAAAAUAUUGCACAAUUUGCUUAGUCUUGUAUUAAAAGUUUGUAUUUUUUGGAUUAAACUUUGACGGAAUAAUCUUUAAUAAUGGUUGUAAGGCAAUAUAAUGAAGAACUUCAAUAUCUAGAAAAGAUGAGCCCAUAUUGUUGGAGAAUUAAAAAAGGUUUUCAACCUGGAAUGAAUGUAGAAGGAUGUUUUUAUGUAAACAGUACAUUAGAAAAACUAAUGUUGGAAGAGUUACGGAAUGCUUGUCGUCCUGGUAUGGUUGGUGGGUUUUUACCAGGUGUUAAACAAAUUGCAAAUGUUGCUGCACUACCUGGUAUCGUGGGUCGAUCAAUUGGCUUACCAGACAUCCAUUCAGGAUAUGGAUUUGCCAUAGGAAAUAUGGCUGCAUUUGAUAUGUCUGAUCCUAAAUCUGUUGUUUCACCAGGCGGUGUAGGAUUCGAUAUCAAUUGUGGUGUACGUUUGCUUCGAACAAAUUUAGUCGAAAAAGAUGUCCAACCAAUAAAAGAACAAUUAGCACAAAGUAUGUUCGAUCAUAUUCCCGUGGGUGUGGGCUCAAAAGGUAUAAUCCCAAUGAAUGCUCAUGAUUUGGAAGAAGCUUUAGAAAUGGGAAUGGAUUGGUCAUUACGUGAAGGAUAUAUUUGGGCUGAAGAUAAAGAACAUUGUGAAGAAUAUGGUCGUAUGUUAAAUGCAGAUCCUGCAAAAGUUAGCAUGCGGGCGAAAAAACGUGGUCUACCUCAGCUAGGAACAUUAGGUGCUGGCAAUCAUUAUGCUGAAAUACAAGUGGUCGAUGAAAUCUAUGAUAAAUGGGCAGCAAGUAAAAUGGGCAUUGAACGUAAAGGACAAAUAUGUGUCAUGAUUCAUUCAGGGAGUCGUGGUUUCGGACAUCAAGUUGCUACCGAUGCGCUAGUUCAAAUGGAAAAGGCAAUGAAACGUGAUAAUAUUGAAACAAAUGAUCGUCAGCUAGCGUGUGCACGUAUUCAUUCGCAAGAAGGACAGGAUUAUUUAAAAUCAAUGGCGGCCGCUGCGAAUUUUGCUUGGGUUAAUCGAAGUUCGAUGACUUUCUUAUGUAGACAAGCAUUUGCAAAACAAUUUCACAUGACUCCAGACGAUUUGGAUAUGCAUGUUAUUUACGACGUUUCACACAAUAUCGCGAAAAUUGAAGAACAUAUGGUCGAUGGAAAACAGAAAACAUUAUUAGUUCAUAGGAAGGGCUCUACAAGAGCAUUUCCACCACAUCAUCCAUUAAUUCCAGUCGAUUAUCAAUUAACUGGACAACCUGUGUUAAUUGGGGGUACUAUGGGGACAUGCAGUUAUGUUUUAACAGGAACUGAACAAGGAAUGACAGAAACUUUUGGAUCAACUUGUCAUGGAGCUGGUCGAGCAUUAUCCAGGGCUAAAUCACGGCGAAAUUUAGAUUAUACAGACGUUUUAGCAAAAUUAGAAUCAAUGGGUAUAUCAAUACGUGUUGCAUCGCCAAAAUUAGUUAUGGAAGAGGCACCAGAAUCUUAUAAAAAUGUCACGGAUGUUGUUGAUACAUGUCAUGCUGCUGGGAUAAGUAAGAAGUGUAUUAAGCUAAGACCCAUUGCUGUAAUAAAAGGCUAAAGAUAAUAAAGAAAUUUUUUGUAUUUA